AUGCCAAAAAAUUACAUACAUGUUUUAUUAUAUAUUCUGUUAAAUGCACGUUGCCAUUUAAGAGGGAAAAUAAAAAGAAAAAAAAGUUAAAAUAAAUUAAAAACAGCAUUUUGAUCAUUUUUUACAAGUUAAAGCAAAACAGUCAAUUUUUUCGCUUCCCCUCGUGCUGCGUUCUGUUUUGACAUCCGCGAGGGGCAUAUUGUAAUAUGCGUUACUUUAUUUAUGUAUGCAAGAAAAAAUGUAUUCAUUCAAUACAGAGACGUACAUAAUUACAUAUACAUGUUAGCCCUUUUUUGCCGCUUUUGUUUUUUUUGUAAAACAAUCAUUUUACCCUUUCGAGUUUAAAACCAGUCAAUCAUUCCUUGCGAGAAUCACCCACGUAUACGAUAGUGGAAGUAUACAAUAUCGCGAAGAAAUGUUUGCGCGUAAAUCAUUUUUUUCUUUAACAAAACGAAUUGCUUAAUUCAAUUAGACCAGAAAAAGGGAGAAAAAAAAAAAACUUCCGCAUUUAAACGAGGAAGAAUAUACAUACGUACAUAUUUCAUAUAUAGUAAUAUAUGCAUGACUCUUUUCAGAAGAUAGAGAAACAAAAAAAAGAAAAAUCGCGUUGUUUUUUUAAAAAUGAUUAAACGAAAGCCCAAAAAUGAAUGAAAAAGAAAACGAAUAUGAUUCGCUGUACGAUGUAAUAUACGAUUAUGACGUUAACGAAGAAUUCCUCAAGGGGAAGGACAACGUUCAGUCUGCAAAUCCGGUGCUCUGUGACAUAAAAAGUAAGUUAACCGCCAAGGGAGAAAGCGAAAGCGUGGCGGAGCCUUCGGGAACUGCUCACCCAAGUGAUGUAGCAAAUGAUGAAAAGGAAGAAAACGCAUCACCCUUAUCUUCCAUACGGUUAAGCGAUAAAAAUGGCGAUUGUGCAGGGGUAGGGGAAAUGGAGAUUCUACUAACACCUCAGAAGAACACCCCAGACAGUGCUAACGAGAGCGGAAUCAGCUCCGAUAACGUGGGCCAUUUUGAAAAAACGGAAGAACUGCCCUUCUUAAAAAGUAACACACAGCGUAAUGAUAGUGGCAGCGCUGGGGAUAGCAAUUCCAAAGUGGUACCAAGGGAGGAGGCCAAAAUUGUGAACCCCGAAGAAGGGGGAAACCACUCCCCAGAUGGUUGUUCAUUACCAGCUGAGGAAGGAGACGCAUCGGUAAGUAGCGCCUCUACACAUGUAGUGGGAAUAACCAGCUGCGAAAAUUGCAGUAAAGAGAAGGAUCGCCAUAUGAGGCUACUAUCAACCGACUGGCAGAGCACAUACAGCUCGCACGACGUUACUGUAGGGAAAAAUUAUAACAACGUAGUGAACCGAAAGAACAGAUUAGGAGAAGGUGCCCCCAAGGAGCAGGGAACUAGAGCGGAGCGGUCCCAGACUGAUGAGGCAAAAGACGAGGAAACACAUCACAGUAACGACGUUAUGAUAAAAGAUCGGGGGGUAAAGGAAAAAUACAAAAAACUUAGAUUUGAAGAUGAUAUAUAUAAGGAAAAUGCAGAUGGAAAAGCAGAGGCAACAAAUGGGCAAGACCCAAAUCAGGGAGAAACAAACAAAAUGGAAGAAAAAAGCCCCAUUAGUAAAGACAACCAAAAUGUAGAACCCACUAAUGCUAAUAACACCUCGGAGGAAAAAAACAAAACUGAAGAAAAUGCCAAGAAAAACACAACAUCAGAAAAUGAUGGCAGAAGUACAUUCGAAUGUAACAUCUGUUUUGAUGAUGUGAGAGACCCAGUGGUGACGAAAUGUGGGCAUCUGUUCUGUUGGUUAUGUCUCUGCGCUUGGAUUAAAAAAAAUAAUGACUGCCCUGUCUGCAAAGCUGAAGUUUCAAGGGAAAAUGUAAUACCCCUGUACGGAAGGGGCAAGAAUAGCAGCGAACAUAAGUAUUCGAAUGUGGAAGAACCCAGACCCACUCCCAAAAGGAAAGAAAGCGUCAGGAGAAAUAAUGGCUAUUCUAACAACCUAGGGUUAAGGGCUUCCUUUGGCGUUUGGGUGAACCCCUUCUCCUUUGGAAUGUCCUACACCAACAUGUCAGAAGAGCCCUACUUCUACGAAAGCGGUGGUGGCGACAACAGAACCCAGGCGGAAACGUAUCAAGCGGAAGCCGCAUCUUCCUUUUUCUUUUUCCUGGGCUUUUUUCUGUCCCUCUAUAUUUUGUUCUACUCGUCCUAG